GGGAAUCACAGGGAGAAGGAGAGAGGUAGAUAGAAGGGGAUUAAAGCCUAUUUAGGGAGAUCUAGGACCUCAAAAAAGACAGGGAGAGUUCAGACCUGACCACACAGUAGACAGACAGAUAGAGCAGCUGAGCAAUGUUGGUGAUAAGCGAGUUUUUAGUAGCGCUGGUCAUCUCUCUCUUUGUUGUGCAAUUUCUGAAACUGAAGUGGGCAUGUAGCCGGCUUCCUCCUGGACCAACUCCCCUUCCCGUCAUCGGCACCAUGUUGCAGAUGGAUUUCAAACGCCAGCACGAGACUCUCAUUAAGUUGGCACAGAUUUACGGGAACAUCUUCACCUUGUGGAUUGGACAUAUUCCUGUCAUCAUACUGAAUGGAUUCCCAUCUGUGAAGGAUGGCCUGACUAGCCACUCUGAAGCCAUCUCUGGCCGCCCAGCAACCCCUUUCUUUCAGAAAACGGCCGGAGGAAAGGGUAUUAUUUUCACAAGUGGUCACACCUGGAAGCAGCAGAGACGCUUCGGGCUGAUGACCCUGCGGAACCUGGGGCUGGGCAAGAAAGGCCUGGAGCACCGAAUCCAAGAGGAGGCCCGUCACCUGGUGGAGUACUUUAUGAAUGAGAGAGGAGAUCCCUUGGAUCCUUCUUUCCCCAUCGUCCAUUCGGUCUCAAACGUGAUUGCGGCGGUGGUGUUUGGACAUCGCUUUUCCAUUGAGGACAAAAAUUUCCACCAGCUGAUUGAAAACAAUGAUUACUUGGUCCAACAUGGGAACAGCAUCAUCGAGCUACUGUAUGAUGUUUUCCCCUGGCUCAUGGAUCAUCUCCCAGGUACUCACCAGAAGGUAUUCUAUUGCCAAGAAUUUGUCCAGUCUUUUGCAAGGAAGGAGAUCAGGAGCCACCAAGAGAGUGGGUCACCUGACGAACCACAGGAUUUCAUUGAUUUCUACCUGGCUCAGAUAGACAAAAGCAAAGCUGACCCUGAUUCGACCUUUGAUGAAGACAACCUGGUCCAGACUGUUUUCGACCUUUUCUUGGCAGGGACAGAAACCACAACCACCACCCUACGCUGGGCAGUGCUUUAUAUGGUGACUUACCCAGAUGUCCAAGAGAAAGUCCAGAAGGAGCUGGACGCUGAGCUGGGUCCCUCCCAAUUAAUCUGCUACGAGGAUCGGAAGAACCUGCCCUACACCAAUGCCGUGAUUCAUGAGAUCCAGCGCUACAGCAACGUCGUUGCAGUCGGAGUUCCUAGAACAUGUGUAAAAGACACAAUGCUGCAGGGCUUUCCCAUUGAGAAGGGCACCAUUAUUCUCCCAAAUUUAACCUCUGCCUUGCUUGACCCUGAGCAAUGGGAGACACCUCGACAGUUCAACCCAAAUCACUUCCUGGAUCAGGAUGGAAAUUUUGUGACCAAAGAAGCUUUCUUGCCAUUCUCAGCAGGGCCCCGUGUGUGUUUGGGGGAGCAGCUGGCAAGGACUGAGCUCUUCAUCUUCUUCACCAACCUGCUGCGGGCGUUCACCUUCAGGCUACCGGAGGGAGUGAAGGAAAUCAACACCGAGCCCAUGCUAGGGGGUUUAUUGCAGCCUCAUCCCUAUAAGAUCUGUGCUGUUCCUCGCUAGGCUGCAGCACCCCACAAAGCACGGGAGGAGCCAGUAGGCAGGCAUGUGUGCCUUUGUGGAUUUCCACCUUUCACCUCUUCCCCUCUUUCUACUUCCAGCUUUGACGACGGUGUCAGCUCAGGCCAGUGAAGUCAAUUUCUCGAUCCGUUAGACCUUGGGAAUUAAACUGCAAACCACUGCCACUUCAUUACUGGUCUGUGCCCAGGCUUUCUCCUUAAUAGAUCGCAGAGAAAGAAAAUGUAAAACAAGGAAUUAGAGUCAGGCUUUAGUUGGGUGGACCAGGAAUGUGUUAGAUCAUAGAAUCAUAGAAUAUCAAGGUUGGAAGGGACCUCAGGAGGUCAUCUAGUCCAACCCCCUGCUCAGAACAGGACCAAUUCCCAACUAAACUAAAUCAUCCCAGCCAGGGCUUUGUCAAGCCGGGCCUUAAAAACCUCCAAGGAAGGAGAUUCCACCACCUCCCUAGAUGUGUUACAUUGAAGGUGGAGUCGUGGCAGCAGCAGAGAGAGAGGAGGGGAGAGGAGGAACAUAUUACCUGUCUGUUACCAGGUUUAGCUUUAUUCAGCAAGUUCUUAUCCACAGCUCUAAGCUCUGCCACUGGCUGUGACAUCCGAUCUGCUGCCCUGUUUGUGUCUUAUGCAAUGAACACACACAACUGAGAGGUUUCAGAGUAGCAGCCGUGUUAGUCUGUAUCCACAAAAAGAACAGGAGUUCUUGUGGCACCUUAGAGACUAACACAUUUAUUUGAGCAUAAGCUUUCGUGGGCUACAGCCCACUUCUUCGGAUGCAUAGAAUGGAACAUACAGUGAGGAGAUAUAUAUACACAACUGAGAGUCAUCUCCAAACUGGUAACGCUACCACCGAACACCUUUCCCUCUCUCCACUGUUCGUUAUGUACAUGAAUUCUAAUGAAAGGCAGAUUGUUGCUUAUCGGGACUGCAAGCAAUUUUCCGAAUAUGCCUUUGAAUUUUUCAUGAAUCUGCUUUAGUUGGUUUUUGCACCUUUUGGUGGUUGCUUUUCACAGAUGAUGUAGCGAAUAAGUUGACUGGCAAGAAUGACAAAGCAGUUAGUUUUAGAUACGUGUUGCAGAAUAUCCACUGAGAGUGAAUUUCACAUUCAUAAUCAAAGGUAUUAGCACCUGAAACCUGAUCCGAAAAGUGAAUUCUUACUGAAUCAGUGAUCCGAGACGUACCAUGUAACCUAUUGUCUCCUGAAGUCAGGCAGGACUCUAGUGCUGCUGUAUGUGUCCCUCACACUCUCGCCAGGGCAAGAAGCCUCCUAGGAUUCAGCGCUUCCUGGGUCUGACCUCAGUGCAUUCAGCACCCUUGUUCGCACUGUGAGCUUCCUGCAGUGAGCCAAAACUUCAAAACCAGACUCCAACGAGAAACUGCAGAAUUGGAAUUAAUUUGCAAACUGGACACCAUUAAAUUAGGCUUGAAUAAAGACUGAGAGUGGAUGGGUCAUUACACAAAGUAAAAACUAUUUCCCCAUGCUAUUUUUUCCCCUACUGUUACUCACACCUUCUUGUCAACUGUUGGAAAUGGGCCAUCCUGAUUAUCACUACAAAAGUUUUUUUCUCCUGCUGAUAAUAGCCCACCUUAAUUGAUUACUCUUGUUAUAGUUGGUAUGGCAACACCCAUUUUUUCAUGUUCUCUGUGUAUAUAUAGCUUCCUACUGUAUGUUCCACUGCAUGCAUCCGAUGAAUUGGGUUUUAGCCCAUGAAAGCUUAUGCCCAAAUACAUUUGUUAGUGUGUAAGGUG